ACUAGGACGCAACAAUUCCUCUUGUCAUCAUCAUCAGUAACCUCGUUCUGUUCUUCAGUUUAGAGAGAGAGAGAGAGAGACAGAGAGAGAUGUCGUGCUUGUGUUCUUGCUGUGCGUCUCUGACGUGCGGUCUUUGUUCAUCGGUGGCCUCUGGGCUCUCCAAACGAUCAGCUCGAAUCGCUUAUUGCGGCGUCUUCGGCCUCUCCUUAAUCGUUUCAUGGAUCCUCAGAGAAGUUGGAGCUCCUCUAUUGGAGAAAAUCCCAUGGAUAAGCACUUCCGAAACUGCAUCAAAGGAAUGGUAUCAGAUACAAGCAGUUCUUCGUGUCAGCUUGGGGAAUUUUUUGUUUUUUGCAAUACUUGCCCUUGUGAUGAUAGGCGUGAAGGAUCAAAAUGACAAACGUGAUUCCUGGCACCAUGGUGGAUGGACUGCUAAGCUUGUGAUUUGGGCUUUGCUCACCGUCCUCAUGUUUUUCAUGCCAAAUGAAGUCAUAACAAUUUAUGGCAUUCUAUCAAAGUUUGGAGCGGGUUUAUUUCUAUUGGUCCAAGUGAUCAUAUUAUUAGAUGCCACACACUCAUGGAACGAUGCUUGGGUCGCUAAAAAUGAGCAGAAAUGGUAUUAUGCUUUACUUGCUAUAUCAGUUGUUUGCUAUAUUAUAGCAUUUACGUUAUCAGGAAUUCUGUUUAUUUGGUUCGAUCCUUCCGGCCAAGACUGUGGUCUCAACGUCUUCUUUCUUGUCAUGACCAUGAUUCUUGCGUUUGCAUUUGCUGUUAUUGCGUUGCAUCCACAGGUGAAUGGAAGCCUCUUGCCUGCGUCUGUUAUAUCCGUUUAUUGUGCUUAUGUGUGUUAUACGGGUCUCUCUUCUGAACCUCGAUAUUAUGUGUGCAACGGUCUCCACAACAAAUCAGCAGUAACCACAAGUACGCUUCUUCUCGGGAUGCUGACAACAGUUCUCUCGGUUCUUUACUCUGCAGUACGUGCAGGAUCUUCGACAACCUUUCUAUCCCCACCUUCUUCACCCAAGUCAGGUGGGAAGAAACCCCUUCUUGAUUCAGAAGUGGAAGAAGAGUCGUCUGAUAUUGAUGAGACAGAGUCGCGGCCAGUUAGUUACUCAUAUACAUUCUUCCAUUUGAUAUUUGCUCUGGCUAGCAUGUAUUCAGCCAUGCUUCUUUCCGGAUGGACCAGCUCUAACGAGAGCUCAGAACUGAUCGAUGUUGGCUGGACAUCGGUUUGGGUUCGUAUCGUAUCCGAGUGGGUCACCGCCGUGCUCUAUGUCUGGACCCUCAUAGCUCCUCUGAUCUUAUCGGACCGUGAGUUCAAUUGAAUUUUCUGUACCACUGAUUAUUAUCAUCAAUAAUGCUAGAAGUCAAGAACUCAGACACAGAAAAAUAUCAAGAAAAAUAGCAUAUGGUCCAAAUUCAACUCACUUGGAAUUAAUUUGGAUCAUAUAUUAUUUUUCUAAAUAUUUUUCUGUGUUUGAGUUCUUAUUAGCAUUACUUGAUUAUAAUACAUCUUGUAGUUUCAAAAGCUAUUAGUAUUUGGUCUUUCACCAAACUGAGUUAUGUAAGAACUUCUGAUCUUUGCUUGUGUGAAUAUUCUAUCUUUCAGUAAUGGUGUGAGAAGCAAUUAAGCUGGUUUGUAAAAGAGGUUCCUUCUGUGGAUGAGUCAGGUGUGAUGUGAAUAUAAAAUAGCAUCUGCUACAAAAAAAUUAUUCCAAGUUGUUUGGUUCUUGUA